GCCUGCCAGGCCGCAAUGUGGGCGGAGCCCGUCGGGUUAUUUUGGGCGUUCAGCUGUCGUCUUCAUUUGGCCCCUCGUCCUCGUCGCGGUCAUCUUCGUCGCCUUCGCGUCCUCGCCCGCGCCCCCGCCGAGAUGGAAACGUCGGCGCCCCGCCCGCAAGAUGAGGGAGCUCCGCCCUCCGCGGCCCGGGACCUCACGGAAGAGUUCGGCAGGAGGCUCCAAGAGAUCGUCGGCGGCAACGCUCAGGUGGCUGCGGACGCGCACCGGGACCCCGCGGCGAGCGACCAGUCAGAGGCGUCUUGCGUCAUGGACGGUCUGAGCGCUUGGACCACAUCUGAGGAAAAACUGGAACACUUGAUGAGUAAACACGCCGAGCUGUUGGUGCGCGAGCGCGGCCAGCAGAAGGAGAUGGAAGCUCUACGUGACGACGUUUGCACCCUGCGGGCCGAGAGAGGCCAGCUGGAGCGUUUGUGCCGAGAUGUCCAAGACCACUGCUCGGCGCUGCGGGACGAGGGCCUACGUCGCCGCCGCGAGGACGAGGGGAAGCGGGCGGAGAUGGCCGCUCAUUUCCAGAGCUCGCUCGCGGAAAUCCAGACGCAGAUCGAGCAGCACAGCGCCCGAAAUGAGAAACUGUGCGAGGACAACGCCAAGCUGAGCCAAAAACUGCACUCGCUGCUGGAGCAGUGCCAGCGCAGAGAGGAGAGUUUAGAGAAGAUGGACCGUCACCGCGACCUCCAACAGCAGCUGACUUCGGCCAAGCUGGAGCAGGCCAACGCGCUGCUGGCGGACGCGCAGCAGAAGCACCGGCGCGAGAAAGAAUACCUGCUGGCCGAGACGGUGGACAAAACCCGCAAGUGCUUCGCCAUGAAGGAGGAGGAGCUGAGCAUGAAGAAGAAGUUGGCGCUCUACUCCAAAAAGUUCGACGAGUUCCAGACGACGCUAGCCAAGAGCAACGAAAUCUACGCCCGCUUCAAGGCCGAGAUGGAACAGAUGUCCGAGAAGAUGAAGCGGCUGGAGAAGGAGUCCGACGUCUGGAAGUCCAGGUUCGAGAAUUGCAACAAAGCUUUGACGGACUUGCUGGAGGAGAGGAUCGAGAAGGGCAAAGAGUACGAGGUUUUCGUGGCGACCAUCCGCAAGCUGGAGAAGUUGUGUCGAGCGCUGCAGGACGAGAGGAAAGUUCUGUACGCCAAAAUCAAAGAUGUCCGCCUGUACGACGCCGAGACCUCCCCCGAGGCGGCGCCCGCGCCCGAAAAGCACCACGACCACGACAACGACGACGACAUGACGGAGGAAAUGCGGCGGCUCGAGGCCGAACAGGUCAAGCUGCGAGAGUUUGCGGAAUCCUUGAAUGCGUCUCGAGGCGAGGCACAGGAUCGCCGGGAGGGCGCCUUGGACCCGGAGGAGCGCCCGGAGGAGCGCUCGGACCACCGCCCGCUCACGGCCGCCUCUGGACAUUUCAACGCAACGUUCCGUCCGUCGGAGCCAGACCGCCCGUCGCAAGCGGAGGCGGAAGUCGAACCUGCGCAUGCGCCAGCGGAGGCGGAAGCGGACGUCGAGCCGGAGGUCAACGGAGAAACGCCGGCGGGGGGGAAAGCGGAGCCGAGCUCCAAAUCGGAAGCGAAAGAAACGGUGAAAGCGGGAGCCGACUCCGGAUCUUCUUCCGAGGUCGAAGCCUUGACCUCGACGGUCGGAGCCGAGGACCCCGUCGGUUCGGAGGCCACGCCCCCUGCACUGGGACAUCAACCCAAGAAGGAAAGCAAGAAGAACAAGAAGAGGAGGAACGCCGGCAAGCUUUGAGCGGGUCGCCGUCGCCUCACAAGGGCAAGAAAGAGCCCGAGCAAGCGUGCGGCGCCCAUUCUCAAUUUUCCACGCAAUAAAAGCUUUUCUUUCUUGGA